GAGACCGUGCUUCAAUGUCAGCGAGAUCGCCGCCCUCAUCGGCCUGCACCAGCACAACCAGGCACUGCACGCGCUCGUGCGCUGCUGGAGGCGCUACAGCGCCGCGACGCUGCGGUCGUGGAUGCGGCGGACGGGGGGAGUGGCGCUGCCCGAGACGACCUACGCCAAACACGCUACAAGGCCAGUCCACGCCGCGGUUCAGGCGGCCGUGACGUCCGGAAGCGGCGCGAUUCCACUGAGCGCGAAGAGGGCGAUCGUCGAGGCUGUCAAGGCCUCUGCGCCGGAGCACCUCUGGAAGGCCGUGUCGGAGGAGGCGCUGGGCCGCGCCCAGCGCUCGCGCGGCACGAAUAUGGAGCGCACCGGGAUCGACGCAUACGAGCACAAGUUCGGCCGCAGUGUAACGCAGCGCAAUCAGAAGGUAUUUCGUCAUCAUUUUGGAUUGGGGCUCAAGUCGUUCGUCCUGUCGGGGUGCGUGGACGGCUUCGAGCGGGUCGCCGGCGAGACGUGGGUGGUCGAGCACAAGCGCAGGCAGAGGCGAUUGUUCAACGAGGUGCCCCGGUACGAGGAGAUCCAGUGCCAGGCCUACAUGACCAUAACGGGCGCCGCGGGUUGCCGUCUUGUGCAGACCCUCGGCUGCGAGGUGGACGUGCGUUCCCUUAGGCGGUGCCCGAAACGGUGGGCCUGCAUCCAAGGACGCCUGGGUGCCGUGGCGGAGCUCCUGCGCGAGCUCGGCUCGCCGGGCGGUGCGGCGGCGGCCCUGCCCCCGAACAGGUUGCGCGAGAUUCAGGGCGAGAGGUGGGCGCAGGCCGCGUGCUGGCCGUCGGGGCAAGCGCCGUCCAUCGAGGAACCAGGAGCAGCCGGCGGCGCCUGGGGCCCGGACCCGCAGAUCCCGCGCCCCGCGCCGACGCUGGCGGCGCUUGGGCCCGCGCGGCGGCGCGGGCCCGAGGUGGUGGACCUGGAGGACAGCCCCCCAGGCGACGCCCCAUCGCCGGGCGGCGCCGCGGCUCGACGGGGCUGCCGGGCAGAGGCCGGGAGGGCAGCGGCCGUCGGCGGCUUGGCGAUCUCGGCGGCCGAGGGAGCCUGGCGGGAGCGCGCUGGUGGUGCCAACGGCCGUGACGGCCACCGUGCCGGAGUCGGGCUUCGGGCUCGCGUUCUCCCUCACGCUCCGCGAGACGAGCCUCCACGAGGAGCCCUGGCGCGCCGCUCGCGCUCCGACGGGGCCGUGCGUUGCCGCGUUUCUGGAUCCGUGCACCGCCACGCUCGCGGAGGCAACCCCGCGCGGCGGGCUGGAGUUCCAGUGUACCGCCACCGUGCGCGAUACAAGCGCCACGCCGUGGUGGGUCGGCGCUGGUGCUUUGGACAAGGGCGCGCCCUGUCUGGAUGCUGGGGACGCCGCAGCGGGGCCGACGCCGACUCUUCGAGAGUCCAGCUUGGGAGAGGCUGGACCGGGCUGCCCGCAGCGGUGGUGGAGCUUCGACGCGCCAACUGCGCUGCCGACAGAAAA